GGGCGGCCAUGGGGGAACAGUUCGUGAGGGAGCGGGUCCGAACGCUCCCCCAGAGAAGGGUGAAGUUCCUUAGUGAAAGGUGAGGGCCUGAGCUCGCCUGUGCCCCGUGCCCGCUGGGAUUCCGGCACGGAUCAGCCUCUGCAGCGCCCUGUCCGCCUGUGUCUGGCUUGUGCCAUGUCCCCGGCUGUUCUGACACCCUCUGUGUUCCCUGAGAGAGACACAAACGUGGGACAAACAGUUUCACUUUGCGAUUUUCCCUCCAAGUAAUGCAGUUGGAGAGAGAGACAGAGAAGGAAAAAAAAAGGUAACCAGCCAAGAGUGUGCGGUGGCCUCUGUAUAAAGCAGCUCUUCAGCCUCUGCUGGGAUUUGUGUAGGUUGUUCCUUUGCCAUAGGAAAGAUUUAUCAUUAUUAAAUGCCAGACCAGCUGCCAUCUGUGCUAAGCUGCAACCAAAAUGGCAAAGUACAGGCUCGUUCUCCUAAGACAUGGGGAAGGAGCCUGGACCAAGGAGAAUCGCUUCUGCAGCUGGGUGGACCAGAAGCUGAGCAGUGAUGGGAUCAAGGAAGCUCAGAACUGUGGCAAACACCUCAAAGCGCUGGGCUUCGAGUUUGACCUGGUCUUCACCUCCGUGCUGAGCCGCUCCAUCCAGACUGCCUGGCUGAUCCUGCAGGAGAUGGGCCAGGAGUGGGUCCCCAUCCAGAGCUCCUGGAGGCUGAACGAGCGUCACUAUGGGGCACUGAUCGGACUCAACAGAGCAGAGAUGGCUCUGAAUCACGGCGAGGAGCAAGUGAAAAUCUGGAGGAGGAGCUAUGAUGUCACCCCGCCUCCCAUCUCGGAGUCGCACCCCUAUUACGCAGAGAUCUACAACGACCGCCGCUAUAAAUGCAGUGAUGUCCCUCAGGAGAGCCUCCCAAAGGCUGAAAGUCUCAAAGAUGUGCUUGACAGACUCCUUCCCUAUUGGAAUGAAAAGAUAGUGCCAGAACUGAAAAGUGGCAAAAUGAUUCUUAUCUCUGCUCAUGGCAACAGCAGCAGGGCCUUGCUGAAGCACGUGGAAGGCAUCUCUGAUGAGGACAUCAUCAAUGUCACCCUCCCCACUGGUGUGCCCAUACUCCUUGAACUGGAUGAGAAUUUGCACCCCCUGGGCCCUCACCAGUUUCUGGGUGAUCAAGAAGCUAUCCAAGCUGCCAUCAAAAAAGUGGAAGAUCAAGGGAAAGUAAAAUCUGCUGAGAAGUAAAAUCCCUCUGUCUAUCACAGCUGUGUUCAGUGUGGUAGUAGGUGACAGUGUGUGUAUGAUUGCUAGGUUGCACUGUGUGGAUGUCUCAAUUUCAAGCACUAAAUAAUUGCAAGGGACAAUUGUUAAAUCUCAGGUUGGUAGUUUAACCCUCUGCCUUUUCAAAAACUGGAAUUUAGUUUGCAGCUAAGGUUUUCAAUACUGGAAGGGAUGAUUCAGGUAAUGGGAACUUGCAUUGGGAUCUGUCCCAGAUCCACCACUGAGGAUGGCCCAGUAGAGAAAUAAAGGGAUGUGCUAUUGGUAUCUACCAACAAUCAGUCCUAAUCUGUGAAGGAGAAAAGCACCAGCUUACUGGACUAAUUUAAGUGCAGGAUGUUAUAGGCACCAAAACUGUCACUAAUAAAAUGGAACCAGAUAACACUGUUGAUCACCAUGAUUUUUCUGUGUCAUAAUAGCCUUGUCAAUUUGUUUUUGAUGGAUUUCCUUCAGUCUUUCAGAAUACUUUCAGCUGGACAACUCUCUGCCUUGGUUAUUUUGAGUCUUCUGUGGCCAGUUCAUGGUCCAGAGACUUUUGUAGAGAUGUUCUGACUACUCGAGUUACAGUAGUUGUCUUUUAUUACACUGUAUUCAGUUUUUAAGGAAUCCAAAUAAAAUCCUUUUUCCUCCACCAUAUUUGCAAAGCCUAGCAUCACUGCAUUUUGCUGGCUUGCAGUUAUAGGAUUUAAUACUUUAAUCCACAAACACCUGAGCUUCUGAUUCUGACCUUGGAUAUCAACGUAGGUGACACCUGUGUGUGUGCUGCUUGAGCUGAGUGUGUUCUCAGCAUGGCCCGGCUACAAAUCUCCAUGUUGAUAGGAAUUUCCUUGAUAUGAUGAUAAAGUUUUGAAAUCCUAGAGGAGGAUUUGUAAGAGUGAGAGGAUGUUUUUUUCUUUUGAUGAGAGCAGUGUGACUGUGGUGUGCCUCUGACAGUCUUGCUGAUGUGUGGAGCAAGACUUUGCAGGUCUGAUGCCAGCUCACAUUAGAGUAGCACAUACUCCUUAAAAAACUUCUUGCUAGAAGGUAGUUUCUGAUGCAUGAAUGCUACUUGGGCUUCUCUUUGGUUUUGUUUCUGUAGCCCUUGCAGUAGUAAUAAAGUUACAUGUUUCUCUUUUGAACAUAAAGCUGGUAGGUUUCCUCUUUCUUUAUACAAGAGAGAUAUUUCAGUGUUUUUUUGGUUGUUUGUUGGGGUUUUUUUUCCCCUGGGAAAUGCUCUUAGCAGCUUCUCUGCUACUUGAUUUGAUACUGACAUAGUUUCUGGGGUUUUAGUUUCUGUGCUUAGAGUAACUCUGAAUCUUAGUUGAUAGUUUACAAGUGAGUGUUACAGUGUUAGAUUGCUGGUCAGCAAAUGUUCACCUGUGAAAGCCCUGAGAAGGGUCACUGGCACUCAAGUGAAUCAAGUCUUCCCCAAAUAUAAAAUAAUGUGUGAAGCUUAAUAUCAAGUAUAUGUUACUGUAGGUGUGUAAACAAGACUAGCAGAGCCACCUGUUGCCAGUGGGAACUGUGGGCACACAGGCCAUGUCCUCAUCCCUUUGACAUUGUGGAAUUGCAAUGCAGAACUUCUUCAGGAUGUGACACACAGCUGGAAUAAACUUGGAAAGGAAUCCAGCUGAGCUGGGAGACAGGCUCUCUCUCCUUGUCUCAGAGGAUCCAUGGUCUCUUCUGUGGAUGGAGGGUGGGAUGGGAAGGUGGAUGAGGGAAUUUAGAGAGCAUUAAUUGCAGCUGAAUGGAUGAAACUGACUGAAAUCAUCCUUAGAGUCAUGGACAGGAAGAAGAGAACAGCAGUGUGAUGUUUUCAGGAGGUGCUGUUUGUACAGUGAUGCUUGAGAUGUGAACAGUGACAGUGCUCUGGCAAGUGUGACUUUGCUUGCUUGGAUUGUGGCUUCAGAGUGAUGACAGGAUUUUAUGUGCACAUCUGGCAGCAGUAACACCAUGCAAAAGUAUCAAAUGGAACCAACUGGGAUUUCACUGUGCUCUUUAAGCUUGCAAUUUUGAGUAACCUUUUAAUUGAAGUCCUGAUUCAUAAACCAUGUCUAUUGAAGAAUAGAAACCAAGUUCCAUCAACAGUGGCAUAAGGAUUCCUGAUCUUCAGGCAUAGCCAUAUCAGAGGGAGAAGUGAGAAUGUUGCUUUAGAGAUCAGUGGUUGGGAAGCAUUUUUCCCUGUGUUUGACUGUGCCUCAAAUUCCUAUAAGGUAAAUGGUGUUUUUACAGUUAACAUAAAAGAUGUGGUUGAUUUGGUUUGUUUAUGCAUUUUUAACAUGUGGUUCAGUAGCAGUAAUAGCUCUAGAUCAUCUUGAAAACCUUUGUAAAUAUGGUGGAGCUGGCAGGUU